AUAUCUCCUGUGGCUGCAACGGUCACCCAUUCGACAGGUAUUUGUUAUUGUUUGCAGAGAGAGAUAAAAGCCUGUGAGAUUUUGUUAGGACUUGGGAUUUUAGGGUAGGGUUUUCGCAGGAAGAUGCAGUUCAGAGAAAGCGUGUGGUUAAAGCCUCUGCUUCUUUCUCGUGAGGCCCGUGUCCAUGCCUCGAAGGAGCUUGGGCUACGGCCUCCUACCUCGUUGCGAGAGCCUGGAUCUCAACAGGAGCCGUCCGAUCAAAGGAGGGGAAGAUUUCCAUGAAGAUCGUUCACGGGAGGGACCAUCUGGGCCAUCCGUUGCUCCUGCAACUGGUUUUGCUCUGCUUCGCCAUGGAAAUAUGGACUCUGGGGAUAAUUUUGGUAAUCGGACGGUUUUUGGUGAUUAUAACGCUGAGAAGCAAGUUUUUGGCAUAAAUUACAGUGGAAAUCCUGUCUCCUCAAUGAAAAAUGGUGAGGAUAAAUGUGGUCGAGUAUUUAUGGAGAAUUAUGGGAAAAAUUCAUUUCCUGAGAUCGAUUUUGGUGACAAUGAUGGGGUGUUCUCAGAUGUAAACUACAGUGGAGAUCAUGUCCCUGUGAUUGGUUUUGGUCAGAAUAAGUCUGAUGAGGUGCUUUCGGGUAUAUAUUACAGUAGAAAAUCCAAAACUUUGAUGACAAAUAGUAGUGGAGAGAAGUGGGGUGGAACAUUUUUGGCAAAUUCUGGUAUAGACACUUCCAUUGCUUUGUCUCCAAGGGAUUUUCGUGAAAAUAAACCUGAUCAGGUGUUUAUCGGUGUAAAUUCUGGGAAAAAUGGUGUAUUGCCAAAGAUUUAUAUGGGAGAUUACUAUAAUCGCGAAAUGUUAAGGGUUAAAUCCAAUGGAAAAUUUCGAAAUAAUUCCUCUCAGGUGCUUUUGGAUGAUUCUGAUGUCAAUCCACUUUUAGCCAGGAACUUCUUGGAAAAUAAAUUUGAUCAGUUGCUUGAAAAACAAUAUGAUGAGGUGCUUUUAGGAAGUGGUUCUAGCGAAAAUUGGGCUUCAGGGAUGGAUUUCAAUGAAACUUGGUAUAAUAGGGGACCUGUGGUGGAAGACCCAGGUAGAAAUAAAGUUCAACAAUUAGGUUGUCAGUUUCAUAGGAUAUUAGAUGGAAGCGACUGUGAAGCUAACCUUAAUCUGGAUUUACUUCCCAGCCGCUUUGGGGGGAUGUAUAUAAAGGAUGAUGGACUGAGAGCUAGUGUGUUGAGGACUCAAGAGAGCUAUUGGUUACAGAUGGCGCACGCAAGACAUUUGGCCAUGCUGGUUAAUGAGGAGAACAAUUUGCAAGAGUACGGUAGCAAGGUGGAGGCAGUCUCCUAUCGUUUUUGGGUGAAUGGAUGCCUAUCAUACUUUGAUAGGAUAUCUGACGGAUUUUACAAUAUUAUGGGAAUGAAUCCAUAUCUAUGGAUGAUGUGCAAUGAGAUGGAGGAAAGAACAUGCUUGCCAUCUCUAGCAUCAUUGAAAGAAGUAGAUCCAAAUAACUCAUUUUUAGAGGUGGUUCUUGUUGAUAAAGAACGCGAUUCCCACCUAAAGGAACUCCUGGACGAAGCACUAUAUCUGUACAAUGCUACAGUAAGCACCUUAGAGCUGGUGAAUAAACUUGGCAGACUUGUUUGCAUCUCUAUGGGGGGCACUUUUCCACUGGAGCAUGAUCUCUUUAUGCACUGGCAAGUGUCUAACAAAAAAUUACGGGAUUGUCAAGGCUGCUGUGUAUUGCCAAUAGGGAGCCUCUCCAUGGGACUCUGCAGGCACCGUUCCAUUUUGUUCAAGGCACUGGCUGAUCAUAUAGGUUUGCCAUGUCGAAUUGCUCGAGGUUGCACCUAUUGUGCAUCAGAAUAUGCUUCAUCAUGCCUGGUUAAAUUUAGAUUUGACAGGGAGUAUGUUAUUGAUCUGGUUGCGGAUCCGGGAAUGGUCCAUAACCCAGGCGCGUUCAUCAACGGUCCUUCACCCUCACCAAUGUUUUCUCCUUUUCGAAUUCCAAAUAUGAAACAUCGUCAACAAGCAUAUGCAGAUAGCGCCUUCUUUGAGCACAAGAUUGUGAUUUCAGGGGAUACUCAGAAUCUUGGUGCUCAUGUCGCAGGGUCGGUGGAGCUUGAUUGUGUCAAUAGGGGCAACUUUAGUGGGGAAUCAUGUGUUACACAAUGUAGUAAUCCACAGUGUGUUCCAGUUAUUAAGAACAGCAUUGUCAAGUCCAAGUUAGAAAUGCCUAACCAGAGGGAUCAAGAGCAUGUGAAGAAAGUCAAGAGUUGUGAGGGCUUGAACAAUCUUUCCACCACUGUUCCAGGUUAUUUGAACCUUGAACCCUCUCUUGCCAUGGAUUGGCUUGAGAUCUCAUGGGAUGAGUUGCAUAUCAAGGAGCGCAUUGGUGCAGGUUCUUUUGGCACUGUUCAUCGUGCUGAAUGGCAUGGAUCGGAUGUUGCUGUUAAGGUUCUCACUGACCAGGAUUUUCAUGAAGAUCAGUUGAAGGAGUUUCUAAGAGAGGUUGCAAUAAUGAAGCGUGUACGCCAUCCAAAUGUUGUUCUUUUUAUGGGUGCUGUAACAAAGCCUCCACAUCUUUCAAUAGUAACAGAAUAUUUACCCAGGGGUAGCCUCUACCGUCUAAUACAUCGAACUGCUGGAAACGAGAUCUUAGACAAAAGGAGGCGAUUGCGCAUGGUUCUCGAUGUGGCUAAGGUUAUCAACUACCUUCACUGCCUUAAUCCUCCCAUAGUUCACUGGGAUUUGAAAUCUCCAAAUCUGUUGGUGGACAAGAAUUGGGCUGUAAAGGUAAGAGCUAAUGAAUUUCCUUGUGUUAAGUUUCAGGUAGUUGGUGCGGUUGCCUUCCAAAACAGGAGACUACCUAUCCCUCAGAAUACAAGUCCAGUGUUGACUGCCAUCAUGGAGUCCUGUUGGGCCAAUGAUCCAAAGCAGCGUCCAUCAUUCACAACUAUAGUUGACUCGCUCAAGAAACUACUCAGGUCCCCUCAACUUGUAAAUAUGGGAAGCCCCUAAAGAAGUCCAGGGGGUGCUUUCAUUUAAUCAGACCACUGGUACCUGGAAUGAUGCCUUCAUCAACCAUCCUCAACUCUGGUACAUUGUUUUUUCAACUGCAAAUUCCCCUUCCCCCCAAUUGUUUGAAAUGUAAAUGCAGAGUGGUUCUCUAGGAAUUUUUCAGAAGGGAAAAUAGGGUUCAAAAUAAGAGAGCGAGAGAGAGAGAGAGAGAGAGAGAGAGAGAGGAUAUGUACUUAUUUUGUUACUCUUGUCAAAUAAAUAAAUAAGAGAGAGGAUAUGUACUUCCUUUUCCAGAUUAUUAUGGUUUGUAAUAAUUAAUUUUUGGUCAAAAAAAAUAAGAGAGGAUAUGUACUCCUUUUCCAGAUUA